UAUGAGCACAACUGAGAACUUCCAGCCACAACUUAAACAAGCCACCGCGAGAGGGUGAAACAGACGGAGGUCAGUUUGUGAUAAGAAGUGGUCUCGCUCAGAGACGCACGGAGAGAAAAUGCCCACCAGCUUUACCGUGGUUCCCGUGGAUGAUGGCAGAAAGUCAGCGCAGGAAGACACGGAUGAUAGCAACGUCCUGAAAGAGGAAGAUGAAGAAACCGAAGGUGAUGGAAACCCGAGGGAAAGCAUUCCCUUCUUUCAUAACACAGAAGAUGAGAAAGGAAACCUCUAUGAUGGGAAAAACAUGGCACUUUUCGAGGAGGAGAUGGACAGCAAUCCCAUGGUGUCGUCGCUCCUCAGCAAACUGGCCAACUACACGAAUCUCACGCAGGGCGUCCGAGAGCACGAGGAAGCUGAUGAAGAUGAAGGGGCCAAGAAGAAAAAAGUCAAGAGUCCACAGAUGGGGACAUUUAUCGGGGUUUACCUGCCCUGUCUGCAAAAUAUCCUGGGAGUGAUUCUGUUCCUGCGAAUGACGUGGAUCGUGGGGACGGCAGGAAUUCUGGAGGCCUUUAUAAUUGUGUCCAUGUGCUGCACAUGUACAAUGCUGACAGCUAUAUCAAUGAGUGCCAUUGCUACAAACGGUGUCGUUCCAGCUGGAGGUUCUUACUACAUGAUCUCCAGAUCUCUGGGUCCUGAGUUUGGAGGCGCUGUUGGACUCUGUUUCUAUCUGGGCACCACAUUCGCCGGGGCCAUGUACAUCCUCGGUACAAUCGAGAUACUGCUGACGUAUAUCGUGCCCAAUGCUGCCAUCUUUAAAACAGAUGAUAAAGAGCUGCAGGCCGAGGCCAUGCUGAACAACAUGCGUGUGUAUGGCACGUGUUGUCUGGCGCUCAUGUCUCUGGUGGUGUUUGUCGGGGUCAAGUAUGUGAACAAGCUGGCCUUGGUCUUCCUCGCCGCAGUCGUCCUCUCCAUCCUGGCCAUCUAUGCCGGGGUCAUCAAAACCAUCUUUGAGCCUCCCGUUUUCCCGGUUUGUUUGUUGGGCAACCGCACCCUUCAGAACCACAACUUUGACAAGUGCUUGAAGACAGAAAUAAUCAACAACGUGACGAUGACCACAAAACUUUGGUCGCUCUUUUGUAAAGGGCCGGAGCUGAAUGCCAGCUGUAAUGAAUACUUCUCCAUCAAUAACGUCACAGAGAUUCAGGGCAUCCCUGGACUCACCAGUGGAGUUAUUUCAGAGAACAUGUGGAGCAGUUAUGGUCCUGCUGGGAUGCUGGUGGAGAAAUCUGUAGCAUCAGAGGAGUCGAUUGACACCUCACAGGACGUCUUAAUGCCGUAUGUCGUCAAUGACAUCACCACAUUCUUCACUUUACUCGUGGGAAUCUACUUUCCUUCUGUCACAGGUAUCAUGGCAGGAUCAAACAGGUCUGGAGAUCUCAGAGAUGCUCAGCGCUCCAUUCCCAUUGGAACAAUCCUCGCCAUAGCAACCACCACCAUCAUCUAUCUUUCCUGUGUCGUGUUUUUUGGCGCCUGCAUCGAGGGUGUGGUGCUUCGAGACAAGUUUGGAGAUUCAGUCAAAGGAAACUUGGUGAUUGGGACUCUGUCUUGGCCUUCGCCGUGGGUGAUCGUGAUUGGUUCAUUCUUCUCCUGCUGUGGGGCGGGGCUUCAGAGUCUCACCGGCGCCCCCCGUCUGCUGCAGGCCAUCGCCCGAGACGGCAUAGUGCCUUUCCUAGAGGUGUUCGGUCACGGUAAAGCCAACGGAGAACCGACCUGGGCUCUCCUCCUGACGGCUUUCAUCUGCGAGAGCGGGAUUCUCAUCGCUUCUCUCGAUGCCGUCGCUCCCAUCCUCUCAAUGUUUUUUCUGAUGUGUUAUCUGUUUGUGAACCUGGCGUGUGCUCUCCAGACGCUAUUGAAAACACCAAACUGGAGACCUCGCUUCAAAUACUACCACUGGACUCUCUCAUUUCUGGGUAUGAGUUUAUGUUUGGCUCUGAUGUUCAUCUCAUCCUGGCACUACGCUCUGGUGGCGAUGCUCAUCGCUGGAUGCAUCUACAAAUACAUUGAAUAUCGCGGGGCGGAGAAGGAAUGGGGCGAUGGGAUUCGAGGUCUCUCUCUCAAUGCCGCUCGCUACGCUCUCAUUCGAUUGGAGGAGUCGCCACCACACACUAAAAACUGGAGGCCUCAGCUGCUGGUUCUGUUGAAUCUGGACUCUGAGUUCACCGUGAAACAUCCACGUCUUCUGUCCUUCACCACACAACUGAAGGCUGGUAAAGGUUUGACCAUCGUGGGCUCCGUACUGGAGGGAACUUUCCUGACCAAAGAGGCCGAGGCCAAAAGAGCAGAACAGAACAUCAAAUCUGUCAUGGCAGCUGAGAAGACAAAAGGUUUCUGUCAUGUUGUGGCGUCGUCCAACUUGCGUGAUGGCAUCUCUCACCUCAUCCAAUCGGCCGGCCUCGGGGGAAUGAAACACAAUUGUGUCCUCAUGGCUUGGCCUGGGUCAUGGAGACAGUCUAAUGACCCACAAUCAUGGAAGAGCUUCAUAGAGACGAUUCGAGAGACAACAGCUGCCCAUCAGGCCCUGCUGGUGGCCAAGAACGUGGACAGUUUUCCUCAUCAGGAGCGUCUCACUGAAGGCACCAUUGACGUGUGGUGGAUCGUCCAUGACGGAGGAAUGUUAAUGCUGCUGCCGUUUCUGCUGCGACAACACAAGGUGUGGAGGAAAUGCAAGAUGCGCAUUUUCACGGUGGCACAGAUGGAUGACAACAGCAUUCAGAUGAAGAAAGACCUGCAGAUGUUCCUCUAUCAUCUUCGGCUGAAUGCUGAGGUGGAGGUGGUGGAGAUGCAUGAGAGCGAUAUCUCAGCGUUCACGUAUGAAAAGACUCUGGUGAUGGAGCAGCGCUCACAGAUGCUCAAACAGAUGCAGCUGUCGCGGACAGAGAGAGAGAGAGAGAUUCAAAGCAUCACUGAUGAAUCACGUAGCUCCAUACGGAGGAAGAACCGAACCAGCAGCGUUCACAGCUCGGGCGUUCAUAACCAGAGCAGCCAGCUAGAUGACGAUAACCCAGAUGAGGCACAGCUUAUCCAUGACAGAAACACAGCGUCUCAUUCGGCGAUAAAUGACAAGGCCGACGCAACGCCUGACCGAGUCCACAUGACCUGGACCAGAGAGAAGUUCUUGACCGAACGCAACCGGAACCGAGAGGCCAACGCAAGCAUGACCGUGCGGGAUCUUUUCAACAUGAAACCAGAAUGGGAGAAUCUGAAGCAGUCGAAUGUGCGCUGCAUGCACACAGCUGUUAAACUGAAUGAAGUGGUGCGCUGUAAAUCACAGGAUGCUCACCUGGUGCUCCUCAACAUGCCUGGACCUCCCAAAAACAGAGAUGGUGAUGAGAACUACAUGGAGUUUCUGGAGGUUAUGAUGGAGGGUCUCAACCGGGUCCUGUUGGUGCGUGGAGGUGGCCGAGAGGUCAUCACCAUAUAUUCAUAAAGUCACGAGCUGCCCAACGCCAUACUGGCAGGAAUUCUGUUUAUACGGGCGUCUGGGAAAACCUUACACUUGGUUUUAUACUGACAUUGAGCCCGGCUGUGAGUUUGUUAGAGGACGAUGACGUUUUUGGGUCUGGUGAAGUGCCCGUGAAAACGGAGACGAUGCACACGCGUGAUGAGAAGACCACAGGCUCAUAACUCAUUACGCUGCAUACCGACAUGUUAAUUUAUGCUCAUUGACUCACUUUCUGUUUGUUUUCUGUUGUUUGUUUGUACAGUCUGUGAUACUGUAGGUUUUUAUGUCUGUCCGUUGUGUAAAAUCUGCCUUUGGCAAUGUGUCCACAAACUGUUUUUCAUUUGGACGGUUAUUGUUUCGUUUGGUUUGACGAAGAUGAUGAAGAGUCUUCACGUUGCUCGCACAAUCGGAUGGUUUUAGCGUUUGUUUUAGACAAUGUUUUUAAGAGCUGCUGUACGCCGGACCGUUUUUUACUUAAUGUUGCUAAAAGUGUUUCUGCAGAACCUAAUAGUGAUUUAUGCACAAAUAAUCCUGACAGUUCAUUAUUGAGAACUUGGGAUGUGUUUUUAUUUGCAUACUUCAAAAUUCUUUUUUUUUUCGAUACACAAAAGUACAUAACACCAAAACCAGGCAGCAUUCACAAACAUUUGUUUUUUUGCAGUAUAAUCCAUAAUCUAAGUUUUAAAGGUUCUUGAUUAGAUAUGAAGGGAAGUUUUGGCUCAAAGUCAUUGGUGAAGAUGCUGAAUGUGUUUAUGUUACUGACUUUACUGAAUUAUAUUGAAUGUGCAAUACCUUUAAAUGUUACGAAGGCAUCACUGGCCUAAUAACAUACAGUUACUUACCUAGAGUUUUGUAUUACAUUAGUUGGACUGUUUAAUACUAACAACAAAAGCUGUGGUCUCAUCAUGAAACAUUCAUGAAUCACAGACAUCUGUUUGAUUUCAGCUGGAUUUGCACUUUUUUUGUCUUUUUAAAAUUGUAUCAUAAGAGCCGAGGGCACGGCUGCUGUGUGUCUGAUGAGUCUGAACCAGCACUGACCAUCAUCAUAUCAUCAUCAUCAUCACUGCAAUAAAUGUGUUUCUCAACAUAAACUGAAACAACAUUUAGUGUCUGUAUUGAUGUGAAUGUGGAGUAUGAUGAUCUCCGGAGGUGAAGCUCAGUAUUUAUCGAGCGUGGAUGAUCUUAAGCACAAACUAAAACUUAGUACUUGCUUUUGCACUUUAUUGGUCAUGUUAGCUAGUCACAUAAACUUUAGCACGCUGUAGAUACUAUAUCACUCAAUAAUAUAUUAGCAUGAAAUUAUAGUUGUAAGUCUAAGAAAUAAUACAGGUAAAUAUUAUAAAACUGCCCAGACAAAUCACAAAGCAGCUGUUACAAAAUGAGAAAAAAGCUUUUCUUAUAGGGCGUACACGCCAAACGCGAAUUUAACGAUUUGCGCAAAUAAUGCAAAGACGCAAAUAGACGCAAACUCACGUGGGCGAAGUGAAUGACCCAAAUUGGGCGGCGCGUUUGCUGCGAAAACUCUGAACACUGCACUUUAAACGCGUCUUUGCGCAAGUGGAGAAAAUAUUCAACAAAACAUAAAAAAUUAGCAUGACACAAAGUUAAAUCCUACGAGUAAUCUACAGCAAGGAACGCGAUGCUUAGGAUUUGUGGUAUACGCAGCAUUGUGGGGCGUACACACGAAACACGAUUUUAAAGAUUUGCGCAAGUAGAUUACACACAAAGUCAAUGCAAAAAUGCAAAUAGAUGCAAACUCACGCUGUUUGACGCAAAUUGUGCAUUGCGAUUGCCGCGAAGUUUGCUAUUCGGCUCAAACUCAUUUUUGAAAAUUAUUCAGCUCAAGUGAAAAAUUUGCAUGACACAAAGUUAAAUCCCGCGAGUAAUGUACAGUGUUAAAAAAGUUACAAAUUUGCAUGACAGUAAGUUAAAUCACGUGAGUAAUCUAGACUGAGAAACUUGAUGCUUCACAUUUGGUGUUUAUGAAGCAUAAUGGGGCGUACACACCAAUUGCGAAUUCAAUGAUUUACGCUAGUAGUUUACAUACAAAGUCAAUGCAAAGACGCAAAUAGACACGAAUUGGGCAGCAUGAUUGCCGUGAAAACACACACUAUUUGCCUCAAAUGCGUUUUCGCAUAUAACAUUUAACUUGCAUGACACAAAGUUAAAUCCCACAAGUAUUUUAGAGGAACGCAAUGCUACACGUUUGGUGUGUACACAGCAUUAGUUUGAAAUAAUCCUGACUUGGCAAUGCGCUUUUGUGCUGUGUAGCUUUGACAGCUUCACAUUUACACAGUUUUUUUCCAGCAACAUAUAAAAGAGCUCCAGUAUGAAGUAAGGACUAUCAGAUAUCAUAAAAGUGACAAUGGUGAUAGAUGUGGAGCUAUAGUAACCAUCUACAUAUGUAUGUUAAUACUGUUAACACUGUGAUGUGAACAUUUUAUUGCUCAAAAACAAAAAGUGAAAGAAACUGUUAAACCACACACCAACACGCAGAUCAGCAAUAUUACAAUCAAUAUUAAUGAAGGCCAUGCUGAUAGCUUGAAGGAACAGAUUUGAGUUAUUUUAUUUUUGUGCAUUUUGUAAUCUAAAUCAGAGAGACGUGGAGCGUUCUGUUGGGGUCUGAUGGAUGCCCCCGAGGUUUAGAGGAAAUCAUAUCUCGUGUUUGAAAAAAGAUGAGCCCUCCUCCCUGCGUGUUUCUUUAAAACCUCUGUUAGCAGUGCAGUAUUUUGUUACCAGAACAGUGUAUUUUUUACAUCGUAGACACAUGGUUAUUGAUACGGUUAGAUUACAGUACUUAUAUUGUUUAAAGUUGUAGUUUCUAUACUGUCCAGCUAUUGUUAUACUUUAGGAGAUACUGUAUUGUGCACGACAUGGGAAUAAUAUUGGCUGGGUUUUUUGCAUUUGUUUAUUAUGUGUGGUCAUCUCUUUUUACAAUUACGUCAUUCAUAGUUUAUCAUAACCAGCAAUUCUGAGCUUUCUUAGGGUCUAAAUUUGAAACCGACCCCACUGUGUUUUUUUCUCUGCCUUUUUUGAGAUUUCAAAUCAUUUAAGAUGCACUGAAUGGUGUAAAGUAUGUGGAAGACCCUUCUAAUAUAUUUAUAAAAAUGUAUUUAUAUUUAUAAAUGACUAUAUAAAUUGUAUAUAAAUAUAAAAAUGUAUUUACACAUAUAUUUAUGAUGUAAACAAAAACUUUUAUUCUGCAAACGUUUAAUUACGAUUAAUCAUUAUGCAGCCCUGCUCUAAUAAGGUCCUGGAUUCAGAUAUCUCAUGAGAAAUUUUCCACAUAGGUUUAGUGUUUGGAUGUCCACAUACUUUUGACAAUAUUGUGCAGUGAGGUCUUUGUGUAAUGUGUGAUAAUCUGCAGUAGCCUGUAGGAGUGCAGGAUGGUGACGAGUGUUGUUUAAAGCAAUGAUCUUGAGAAUCAAGUAGGUCAUAAAAUGUCAUCUACCUCACAACAGUUAGUGUGAUGAUAGACCCACAUCAAGUAUGUUUUAAUUAAAACCAUGUCAUUGGGAUAUGAUCGAGUGAGUGAUCAGGUGAGUGAACAAGUGAGUGAUCUAUCUGAGGGAGUAAGUGAUUGAGUGAGUGAUCUAGUGAGUGAUCCAGUGAGUAAUCGAUCGAGUGAGUAAGUGAGUAAUCGAGUGAGUGAGUGAGUGAUCGAGUGAGUAAGUAAGUGAUCGAGUAAGUGAGUGAUCGAGUGAGCAUUUGAGCGAGUGAGUGAGUGAACGAGUGAGUUAUUGAGUGAGUGAGUGAGUGAGUGAUAUAUCGUGUGAGUGAUUUAUCGGGUAAGUGGGUGAGUGAUCGCGUGAGUGAUAUAUCGAGUGAGUGAUUUAUCGAGUGAGUGGGUGAGUGAUCUAUUGAGUGAGUGAUCGAGUGAGUUAUAUAGUGAGUGAGUGGGCAAAUGAUCUAUUAAGUGUUUGAUCGAGUGAGUGAACAAGUGAGUGAUAUAUAUCGAAUGAGUGAUCUAUUGAGUGAGUGAUUUAUUGAGUGAGUGAACGAGUGAGUGAUCAAGUGAGUGAGUGAACAAGUGAGUGAUAUAUCGAGUGAGUGGGUGAGUGAUCUAUUAAGUGAGUGAUCUAUCGAGUGAUUGAGUAAGUGAUUGAUCGAGAGAUGCACUGCGUGUGUUUGGUAAAUAUCUCAGGUCAGGUUUUUCUCGUAGCUGUUUCUUAGAUGGGAAAAUGGGGAUGCACUGAUACAAAAUUAUGCCAAUUCCAAUAUUCGAUUACUUAGAAUGACACCUGUUCAAGAUAUAAUAUGCCCUGAUCAAUGUCUGUUUUAAAACUAUCUGCCAAUGUUAUAGGCCAAUAUAUUGAUGCAUUCAUUUGGGAAAACUGAUUAUUAGAAGCAAACUCUUCCUGUGAUAAGACGAAUUUAAACAUAACACGUAUAUGCAGAAAGACUGUGCUAUGAUGUUAUUCAUGGGUGUGUAGUGAAAGAUCUCCAUUUAAGAAAAAUGUGUGCCUCUGAGUCAUUUAAAUAAAAGUGCAACAUGAUACCAAAA